CAGAGGAGCAACCUCUGGCAGUGUAAUCAGCAGGCUGCUACAGCUGCAUUAUAGCAGGAUCAGAUUGCAUUUUUCCCAUUGUAUCUCCCCCACUCCCAAGUCCUAUCUUCAACAAGAAUUGAUAGCGGAGAAGCAAGCUCAACACGCUUCAAGAAUUCGCCAAUUCUCUUUCAAGAACUGCUUACAGGAAUUUGGUUGAAAGAUGAAAGAAAUGAAGAGAGACUGUUCCUUAGUUACUACCUUACUCCUGUUGUUGGGCUGUGUCCCAUGGCAUGUGACUGCAGACUCAAAAAAUGGAGAAGAAGACCAGGACAUUCCAGGUGCUGCUUUACCACCACUGAAGCUAGGAAAUUCAAUCUGUGCUUUUAAGGCAGAUGGCGGUGCGUGUAAAGCAAUAUAUACAAGGUAUUACUUCAACAUUCAAACCCGCCAAUGUGAGAUGUUUGAAUACGGUGGAUGCCAUGGCAAUGACAACAACUUCAUAACACUAGAAGAAUGCCAGGAGAUGUGCGUGGUAUCAGAAUUCCCGGUGAAGAAAACCCGUAGAAGAUUUGGAAAAGCAGAAAAGCCCGACUUCUGUUUUAUGGAGCAAGACCCAGGAAUCUGUCGAGGCUAUUUUUCAAGAUAUUUCUAUAACAAGGAGUCACAGCAAUGUGAAAAGUUCAUGUAUGGUGGAUGCCUGGGAAAUCAGAACAACUUUAAGGCCAUGGAAGAAUGCCAGAUUGCCUGCCAGGACAAUUCAAAUUCACUGCAAUUAGACCACUAUGAAGAACACCCCAUCAUGAUGAACAAUAGCUCUCCCGUUGCAAAGCCCAGUGAGUUUUCAAGGCUUUUUGAACCACCUCCUCUCCCUUCUCUCUGCAUGACUCCUGCGGAUCGAGGCCUUUGCAAAGCCAAUGAGAAAAGAUUCUUCUAUGAUCACUCAACUAGAAGAUGCCAUCCAUUUAGCUACAGUGGGUGCGGUGGGAAUGAAAAUAAUUUCAACUCCAAAAACUCAUGUUUGAGGACCUGUAAGAAAGAUUUCAGUAAAAAACAAGGACGAAGAGGUUUAUUGAAAAUCAAGCGAAAAAGAAAGAAACAGCCAGUGAAGCUGACGGAAGAUGAAAUCAUCAUUGAAAGGAUAUAA